UUGUCCCGCUCCUGCCAGCUCACGUCUGGUGCUGGGAUCGUCCUGCAGGCCUCGUCCUGCUUCUACUAGCCUGCACCUGGUGCUAUGAUCAUUCCUCAGCGGUGCCUCCAUCAUGCCCUGCGUGUCCGUCACUGUGACCUUGCCCCUCCCCUCCCUUCCCGAUGAUGUCAGUUUGUCUUUCCAGCCCAGCGCAAAGCGGUUCUGCUCUCCCUGCCCUUCCUCCCCUACGUGUUGACUUUGUGCUGUCCUCUCCAGACCUGCUCCCUCUGCAGUCAGUCAUUAACCCGGGCUUCGAAGCACCAGUCUGUGGCUGCCACCUGCCCCAGGGCCCACCAGCUGCUGAUAACCUUGGGGACUUCACGUGAAUCAGUGGGAGAGCCUGGGGUGACAGGCACCGUCGGCUCUCGCCCCGGUUUAUAGGGGGCUAAAAGGGCCCUGGUGUGGUGAGGCUGGCACAGGUCUAUCCCAGGGCUCUAUCUGCAGGCCGAGUCAGGACCCGUCCUGCUCCCCUGCCACGUCCCCUCUCACUGGCACCAUGGCAGCCACGUGGUACAGCUGGGCCUUGCUGCUGCUCCUGCCCGCCAUGGCCUGGGCCGACGGAGCUGGCCCUGUCCUUGUCAACCGGCCCUUCGUCACCAUCUGGAACGCCCCCACCAAGGCCUGCGCCAAGAAGUACAAUGUCACCCUCAACCUGGGGGUCUUCGACAUCGUGGCCAACACCGACCAGGUCUUCACUGGGGAUGAUGUCACGCUCUUCUACAGCCAGUCCCUGGGCCUCUUCCCCUACUACACGGCUGCGGGGGUGCCCGUGGAUGGCGGGCUGCCCCAGAACGCCAGCCUCCAGGCCCAUCUCCACCAGGCCUCCAGGGACAUCGAGACUGCCCUGCCCAACGUCUCCUACAAUGGUCUGGCUGUCAUCGACUGGGAGAAGUGGCGCCCGCUGUGGGCCCGUGACUGGGCUUCCAUGAACAUCUACCGGGAGAAGUCAGAGGCUCUAGUGAGGAAGGAGCACCCACUCUGGCCCUCCAGGAUAGUGAAAGAGAUGGCGAAGCUGGAGUACGAGCAAAGUGCUCGGGCCUUCAUGGAGCAGACACUGGAGUUGGGUGAAAUCCUCCGGCCCAAUGGCUACUGGGGCUUUUAUGGCUUCCCUGACUGCUAUAACAACAACUUUGACAGCUGGGACUACUCGGGGAAGUGCCCCGUGAUUGAGCAGAUGAGGAACAAGGAGUUGUCCUGGCUGUGGAAGAACAGCCAUGCGCUCUACCCCAGCAUCUACCUGCCCCAGGAACUCAACGGCACGAACAAGGUGCUGAGCUAUGUCCGGCACCGGGUGGCUGAGGCCUUCGCCGUCCAGCGUGGUGUCAUCGACGGCAGCAUCCCUGUCCUGCCCUACGCCCAAAUCUCCUUUGAAAACACCGUCAACUUCCUUUCUGAGGAGGACCUGGUGAACACCAUCGGAGAGAGCGCAGCCCAGGGCGCUGCCGGCGUCGUGCUGUGGGGAAGCCUCAACUAUAGCGACUCCCAGGAGAUGUGCCUGAAGCUGAAGAACUACCUGGAUGGGGACCUGGGUCACUACAUCGUGAAUGUGACGGCCAGCGCCGAGCUGUGCAGCCAGAACCUGUGCUCCGGCCAGGGCCGCUGCGUGCGCAAGAAGAAGAACGAGGGCUUCUUGCACCUCAACCCCUUCCACUUCUCCAUCGAGACACACCCCAGGAAGCCCCAUUUCGUGGUGCGGAGCCUGACGUCUGACAAGGACAGCUCCCAGUUGGCCAAGGAGUUCAGCUGCCAGUGCUACGACAGCUGGCAGGGAACACGCUGCGACACCAAAGGCUCCUCCGAGUGAGGCCCCUUGCGCACUCCCCUGCAUCCCCCAUGCCCGCUCCCCGGACCCACGCUCCUGCUAGCUCCCUGGAUUUCAGGCCCACCCAAGGCAGGUAUGGUAACACCAUCUCUACACAUCAGCCCCCUCUUUGAGGGAACGUGAGCUUUGGCAACGCGGUCACAGGGCGGCUAAUAAAACCACUCUGCAUCCA